AACAUACCAAACGGCCCAAAGCCACUUUUAAGCCCCGUUUAUCGCAAUGGUCCAAACCCAAGUAUGAAGAAAAUUCCGGCAUAGCGCCCACAACUUUCAACGGCCGGCGAGAAUAAACAAAAUCCGGCAAUCUCUUUUUCUCUCUCUAGAAUCAUCGAGAGGUUUGAGUUAAUCCAACUGUGAGUGAAUCCCACUAGAAGAAGCUUGAAUAGUAGGGGGUUGAUUUUUGACAUGUCAUCUUCAAAUGCAAGUCCCAAUUCUGGGACUGCUAAGAAUCCGAAGCGAGCCUUACCUUCUUGGAUGAGUGCAAGAGACGGUGGAAGUGGUGAUAAACAAGGUAAUGAUAGAAUGGAUGAUGACAGUUUGCAGAAAAAAGUGAGAGGGCGAGGUAAAGGAGUGAAAGAUAGUGGUGAAGAGAAUUCCUCUUCAGCCGGUCCAAAGAAAUCGGAGUUCUCCAAUCUCUUGGAAGGGGUAGUUUUUGUUCUGUCAGGCUUUGUAAACCCCGAGCGAGGUAUAUUGCGGUCACAGGCUUUAGAAAUGGGGGCAGAAUAUCAGCAGGAUUGGAAUUCAAAUUGCACUCUUUUGGUUUGUGCAUUUCGGAAUACCCCGAAGUUUCGACAAGUUGAAGCAGAUGGUGGAACAAUUGUUUCAAAGGACUGGUUUAUAGAAUGCUACACCCAGAAGAAGCUUGUUGACAUUGAAACUUAUCUUAUGCAUGUUGGUAAACCUUGGAGGAAAAGCAACAUCACUCAUACAGGGAACCAAGUUUUUGAAAAAUCCCAACAUAAUAUAUCUCGCAAUCAGGAAGUGAAACAACGUGAAGUCGAGCCUAAAGCUUCCAGUUCACCAAAGUUGCAGGAAUUGAGAAGCAAUGCGUCCAAAUAUCUUGGAGACAAAUUUGCUGCUUACAAGGUGAAGAAAUGGGCAGUUGAUGAUUUGAAUAGAACUAUCACGUGGCUUGAAAGUCAGGAAGAGAAGCCUGAGCCCAAUGAGAUAAGGAGUGUAGCUGCUGAAGGGGUUUUGACCUGUUUGGAGGAUGCCAUAGACUUGCUUGAAAAAGAGGAGGAUUUACGUCAUUUGACUGAACAAUGGAACAUGGUCCCUCGGGUGGUGGAAGAAUUGGUAGAAAUGCAAAGUGCUGAAAGUUCUUCCACAAUUUCGAAGGAUGAUCUUCACAAGCAGGCUCUUGCGUGUAAGAAGAUCUAUGAGGGUGAACUGAAGAAGAUGCCUGAAGGUUCAAACAAGAAGAACAGAGAACCAAAUUCUAACAGUCGUAACAUAGGAAAAGGUAAAAAUGUCGUCUCAGCUGAUAACAGAACUAGUAAUUCAAUGGAUUAUGAGAGUGAUGAAACCAUUGAAAUGACAGAAGAUGAAAUAAAUGAUGCUUACAAUAGUAUAGCUUCAAAACUACCUAGAUGAUAAAAGAACCUCUUUUAUUGUGUAUAUGACACUAGGGGAUAUCGAUGUUUUCAAUUUUGAUGUAGUGUUAAUGUGUUAUAGACAUUGUUGGGCAGCAAACUUGUGUUAUUGGUUUAUACGCACCCGUUGCAUGUAGAGCUACAUACAACCAGGUGCACUUUCUAAUUUCUGGUUUAUACAGACCCGUUGAGAGA